AUGGGAAGUUGUGACAAGAAACUUGAAGAAUGCCUCUACCAAGAGUGGAUGAGCCUUCGAGAGCAAGAACUUUCUGAACUCAACCAUGCCAUAAAAUUAAGGGAACAAGCCCAGCAAAAUGAUGCAGAAAUGAGACGACUCGUAGACAAACUCAUGCAACACUUCGAAGAUUAUGUGGAGAAACGAAGGUAUCUCGCUCACAAAGAUGUCUCGGCCUUCUUUUCGCCUACUUGGUGUACGACAUUUGCGAACUCUGUAUGUCGGGUUGCUGGCUGCAGGCCAUCAUCGUAUUUCAGCCUCGUUUAUGCACUUUGUGGAUCUGAAAUAGUCUCCAAGAGAGUAGGAGAUGCCAAGACUAGUGGCUUCUCUCUUCUCUCGGCAUUUCAACUUUCUUCACUUGACAAUCUACAAAGAAGGACCAUUGGAGAGGAAGAAAAACUAUCAACUCAGAUGGCUACACUGCCAUUAGCACUAAUAGCGCAGAAAUCAGGUCCAAAACACGAGUCUUGUCCCAUUGUAAGAGAUGCAUUGAAGAAGAUCAAUCAAGCCAUGGUUUCUUCUAUGGAAGAAGCUGAUAUAUUGAGACAAAACACGGUCAAGGAAAUAAUUAGCAUACUUAAACCCAUGCAAGCUUUGGAUUUCAUGGCUUCGGCUAAGAAACUUCGUCAAGCACGGGGUAAAGAGAGUGACAACGACCAUGGUCGACACUAG